UUCAGUCACCUACGGAAAGUGCUAAUAGUGUCAUAGAAUAAAUACUACGUACAGAAGAGACACCCUCCGCCCUGCACCGACAGCUUGCCUACCUCACCCCGCUUGGAAUAAAGUGCGCGCGCAGACUGUCUCUCUCGCCUCGCUCACACGCACGAGAUGAUUUGGUGGUUAGUGACACCGUGCGCGCUGGUGGUGUGCGCAUACGCCGUGCUAUGGCUACACGGGCGGCGCGCGCGCAAGCUGCUCGCAGGCUUGCCCAGCUAUCCGCCGCUGCCCUUCAUCGGGAACACACACCAAGCUUUUGGUGAUGGAGAAUUUUUGAUGAGGAGCAUUAUAAAGUUUUCCAAAAUCAUGGAGGAAAAGAAAUUGCCGUUUAAAUUUUGGAUCGGACCGUAUCCCGUUAUAGUUGUAAGUGAUCCUGAAGAUGUACGAGCCAUAACAACUACGUUCGCGGAGAAACCAUACUUCUACAAGUUUGGUCGAGACUUUGUGGGGGAUGGACUACUGUCUGCUCCUGCCUCGAUAUGGAAGCACAACAUCAAGAAGCUGGGCGGCACCUUCACCGGCACAGUGGUAGGCGGCUACCAGGACAUCUUCAAUGCGCAGGCGCAGAAACUUGUACAGAAACUGAAAACUGACGCAGGGAAGGAACCCAUUGACGCUUUACACAAGUAUAUUGCUAUGACGACUCUGGAAGCUAUUUGUGAAACUGCACUUGGAGCAUCAGACGAUAUGACAGAGGAUCUAGUCAGCUUGGAAUAUCACAAAGCAUUCAGACGUGGACAGGAGCUCAUAGUAGACCGGCUGAUGACCUUGCCGUAUCAUUUGGACUUCAUCUACCAUCUCACUCCAGCGCACAAAGAGCUGAUGACGUAUAAGGACUUGAUGCACGGGUUAUCUGAGAAGAUGAUACAAAAACGACGAAGGGAGAGGCAAGAAUUAAAAAUUAAUGGAACUUUCAAUUCGAGUGAGACGACAACAACGAAGUUUAGACCGUUCUUGGACGUCCUGUUAGACAUACAAGACGCCGACCCGACUGUAUCGGAUGACUACAUAAAGUCUGAAGUGUUCACAAUCAUUAUGGGUGGUCAGGACACUGUGGCCACGGCCCUGAGCUUCACGUUACUCAUGCUCGGGAGUUAUCCUCAUAUCCAGGACAAAUUGUAUGCUGAGAUAAAAGAAUUAUUUGGAGAUAGCAAACGACCGUUGACUACAGAUGAUCUGGCACGCUUGAGUUACUGCGAGGCUGUCAUUAAGGAAACCUUGAGGUUGUAUCCGCCAGCACCCUUCGUUAUUCGGGACUCUGACAGAGAUCUUCAGCUAAAAUCAUGCUUGAUACCAAAGGGGACUGGUUGUGGAGUGUGCAUAUGGGGGACAGGACGAUUGAAGAGUACUUGGGGAGAGGAUGCGGAGCAGUUCAAACCAGAACGAUGGUUUGAGGAGGGAUGCCCGGAGAUGUCCCCCAGUUUCAUUCCGUUCAGUUUUGGCAAGAGGGUUUGUAUAGGUAAAAAGUACGCUUUCUCGAUUCUGAAGACAAUUCUGACAUACUGCAUCAGAGAACUGGAGUUUGAAUCUGACAUCAGCGAUCUAGUCCUGAAGCUGGAAAUUACUAUGAAAGCAUCGAGAGGAAAUCUGUUGAAAGUUCGAUUUAGGGACGACUCAAAAUAGAGAUGUAAGUACAGCAGUGUGAUUCUUUAAGACACUGGUGUAAUUGCUGUUACACUUGCUAUUGCGCUGCGGUUGAC